GCCCCCGUUGCUUUCUCGAAAAAAAAAAUCUGACGCUGUUUUGUUGGGUCAUGCUGUAGUUGUGGGCAGUCGUGGCGUGGAGGCAGUGAUGGCGGCUCGUGAGGGCGUGCGAUCCGGAAUGGACGGAGAUUUUGCACCGGAUGUCCCUCGCAUAUUGGAACUACUGCAGACGAUCUCGUUCCCCACCGAUCUCCCCCAGCGCCCGCCGCUCUCCACGCGCUCGGCCCGUGCGCCGCCCUCCACGCUCCCCUGCCCAGCUGCAGCUCGAGUCCGGCUGGUGCGGCAGCACCCUCCCUUCCCACGACUUCUCUGUUCUCUCCCUCGGCCUCGGUCUUCCUUUCCUAGCGGCGACGACAGGGCGAGUUGCGCUGCCCGUUGUUCAUCGACCGACGGGCGCUUCGCCGGCGACGAACAUCCGACAGGGGUGCGGUGAAUCUUAGGAGGAACCAUUCGCCAUGUCGACGGCGCUCAAGGCCUUCCUGAACAGCCCGGUCGGCCCCAAGACCACCCACUUCUGGGGUCCCGUCGCAAACUGGGGUUUCGUCCUUGCGGGUUUGGUUGACAUGAACAAACCUCCUGAAAUGGUAUCUGGCAAUAUGACAGCAGCCAUGUGCGUGUACUCAGGACUCUUUAUGAGGUUCGCAUGGAUGGUACAGCCGCGGAACUACUUGCUUCUGGCAUGCCAUGCAUCCAAUGAAUCAGUCCAGCUGUACCAGUUAUCUCGGUGGGCUAGAGCCCAGGGGUAUCUGGAGAAGAAAGAACCAGAGCCUCAACAGUGAAAGAGUGUAUAAACUGCAUUUACCUUCCCAAUAAGAAUAGCUACUGCCGCUACAGUUUUGAAUGCUCAAUCUAGUACACAAAUACCAGAAAACCAAUUCUACGCCAUAUGUAGUGUUACAAGUGUUUUCCCUCUUUUCGUGGCGCUCCUGUCUCGGAAUCCAACUUCGUUGACGAUCGUGCUCAUGUCUCAUUUUUCUUUUUGAUCUGAUGGCUGUAAAACACACAUCACAUGGUUUGGAAAAAAAUGAUGAUCCCAAUCUC